CGCAGUCAGCUUUGAGUCGCUGUAGAAGCGAGACGCGCAAGGCGUUAGCCUCGAAAGUUAAACUCCUCGUUCUGUGUUCUCGAUCAGUGCUGUGAAGUGAAUUUUGGAAACAUGAUCGCGUGAUCUGUGACUCGGACCCUAUAAUUAUCCUAAAGACUUAUAGCAGCAUGCAGUCGUCUGGGCACGUCGCGGCGCGAGUGCUGGCGGGCGUUGCGCUGGCGCUGUCGGUUGCGGCGCGCGCGGGACACGGGCGGCGAGACUACAAAGACUCCGAGCGGCUCAACGCAGACAUCUCGCUGUGGAUCGACGAGCGCCAAGUGAGGAUGUUCAGCGGUAUAUCGAUGCAGGUGUUCGCGAUAGUGAACGGGAACAUUUCGCCGUACAUCCUGGACCCCAACUUCUCCCACAAGCUGCCCAUCAUACCGUCGGAGGUGGGCUACGUGAACUUCACGUGGCGGUCUAAGAAGCGUUACUAUUACGACUUCGACACGCUCACGUCCUCGGAUCCGAAGGUGUUGAAGCCACCGCUGCUGUCCAUAAAGACGAAGGGGAGGGUGCCUAAAACUCCUAAAGAAUUCAGUAUAUUUUUGCCAUGUAUGGGCAACGUCAGUGGCGUGGCAACGUUUGAGAUUGGGCUAGAGCUCAAAAACCACCGCGGCAACCCUCUCAAGGGCACCCCCCUAAGGUUAAACCUAAAGAAGGAGUGCGCACAGAGAGGUGUGUAUUUAGAAAGGACAGGUCCCGAUCCGGAAUGCGACAAAAAGUGUGCGAACCAGGGCUGGUGCAACAGCGAGAAGAUAUGCCAGUGCCCCGAGGGGUACAUGGGGCAGCACUGUCGCACCGCGCUGUGCUACCCGCAGUGCAUGAACGGGGGCAACUGCACCGCGCCCGGGGUUUGCUCGUGCCCGCCCGGCUACCAGGGGCGCCACUGCGAAGGAGGAAUAUGCUCACAAAAAUGUUUGAACGGCGGAAAGUGUAUACAGAAGGACACGUGCGAAUGCCCUAAAGGGUAUUUCGGUCUCCGCUGCGAAUUUUCGAAGUGCGUGAUCCCGUGCCUGAACGGGGGUCGCUGUAAAGGGGUGAACAAGUGCCGCUGCCCCGCGGGCUCGGGUGGCAACCACUGCGAGGUGGGGCGGAGGGCGGGCGAGUGCGUGCGCGCGUGCCGCCACGGCGUGUGCCGUGCGGGCGCCUGUCGCUGCGAGCCCGGCUGGCGCGGGCGCUACUGCCAUCGGACUUACGGAUCUUCAGAGGAAUCGGGAGAGUUUAAGAGGCCGCGAUGAAAUGCAAUAAAAUAACCGAGAAGAACUAUCUACUUAAUAACUAAUCUUGUGAUUUAAUUAUUUUUAUUAAGUUUUAAAUGUAUUAAUAACUAAAUUAGUCAU